AUGCUUUUAAUACACUUGUGUUAUGCCAUACAUAUUAUCGAGGAUCAGUCAUUUCGGUGUAAAUCUAACAAACAAGUAGUCAAUUAUAUGCACCGAAAUAAUACUCAUACAAGAAGACUAUUUUGGCGCUCGACUACUACUACUCAAGAGGAAUGGUAUCUCUUAUUGUAUUCAUUGCAACAAAUUAAAGACACCAUAAACGACAUGUUAGGUGUUUUACCAUUUCUAUGGUUUUCUGAACUAUUUUCGUCGACAUGUCUUCGGCUGACACUAAUUGUUGUUAAUCGCGAAAUCAACGAAUCGUUAGUCAAAACUGUGGAAAUUUUGUGGGAAUAUUUGCAACUAUUGAUCGCUGAUUUGAUUUACUUGUUUUCGGUUAACUAUUUUCAAUCAAAACGUCCGAAAGCUGUCGAACUGAUGUACCGAUUGUUGUCCACUAGUGGUCAACAACAACAACAACAUUAUGGAACCGGUAGACCAGUCCAGUCAAUGGAUAUCCUAUUGUUGAUCAAUCAGAUCCAUUGUUACACAAACUCAAGAUUAUCGUUGAUAUGGGAAAUACCGCAAACAAUAUUUCGGUUAAGGCGUCAAUUUCACGGCACCCGUAGACUGGACGGCAAGGUUGUAGUUAUUACCGGUGCCAAUGCCGGUGUAGGCAAAGAGACAGCCUAUCAAUUGUCGCUGAGAGGAUCUAAAAAGAUAAUAAUUGGUGCGCGAAAUAUACAAAAAUCAUUGAAUGCCAUCAAAGAGAUAAAAUCAAAGAACCCGACGGCAAACAUAACGGCAUUGAAAUUGGAUUUGUCUUCACUUAAGUCUGUCCGCGAGUUUGCCCGACAAGUGGCCGAACAGGAAACCACUGUUGAUGUCCUCAUCAAUAACGCCGGUGUCGCCAAUCCAUGUCCUGAACUACAAUCACAGGAAGGCUUUGAACUACAGUUUGCGUCCAAUUAUUUAGGCCACUUUCUACUUACACUACACUUAUUACCGCUGAUGCGUAAGUCAGAGGACUCACGCAUUAUAAAUGUCAUAACACAGGGCUAUCUACUGUCGGGUGAUAUCUAUUUUGAUAAUAUUAAUUUGAGAAACGGUUCGUACGGCCAGAUAAAAGCGCACAUUCAAAGCAAAUUAGCACUUGUAUUGUUUACUAGAGAAAUGGCCAAACGGUUAGGUAGUGGCCAAAUGGAAAACAAUGUUAAAACCUAUUGUAUUAAUCCGGGUAUAGUUAAUUCCCGGGGAUCGCCAAACGCACUGGUAGCUAUGUUGAAAAAAUUAUUUAUGCAAAAUAUAUCAAUGGGACCCCAGCCCUACCUGUACUGUGCACUGUCGGAACAAUGCGAUAAUGAGUCGGGAUAUUUUUAUGAUAUGGCCAAAUUUGCCCUAAUAUGGGAAGUACCGCAAACUGUGUUCCGAUUAAACCGACGCCGAUUUCAGGGCACCCGUAGACUUGAUAAUAAGGUAGUAGUGAUAACUGGCGGAAGUUCGGGUAUCGGUAAAGAGACAACCUAUCAGAUGUCACUGAGAGGAUCAAAGAAGAUUAUAAUCGGUGCCAGAAAUAUGGAAAAAGCUGAAGAAGCCAUCAAAGAGAUUAACGAAAGAAACCCGAAGGCAAACAUAACGGCAUUGAAAUUGGAUUUAUCUUCACUCAAGUCUGUCCGCGAGUUUGCCCGACAAGUGGCCGAACAGGAAACUACUGUCGAUGUCCUCAUCAAUAACGCCGGUGUUCCCCUUCCGUGUCCUGAACUACGAUCAGCCGACAACUUUGAACUACAGUUUGCAUCAAAUUAUUUGGGUCACUAUCUACUGACUAUACAUUUAUUGCCAUUAAUGAAACGGUCGACCAGUGCUCGGAUAAUAAAUGUAGUGAGCAAUGGCUAUGCUAUCGGACAGAUAUUUAUGGAUAAUAUAAACCUGUCUAACGGUGCCUACGGUUCCUUUAAGUCGCACUGUCAGAGCAAACUGGCUCUCGUUCUGUUCACCCGUGAACUGUCCCGUCGGUUAGGCGGAACCGAAAGUACUAUUAAAACCUAUUGUCUAAAUCCGGGCGGUGUUAACGCCCGGAGCUCCGGAAAUAUGUUCAUUGAUUUUUUCAAACGUUUGCUUAUGUUGAACAUUGAAAUGGGUCCCCAAACCUAUCUCUACUGUGCCUUAGAUGAACAGUUGGACAACGAGUCGGGACUUUAUUACGAUAACUGUAAUCGUGUCGAUCGUAUGACAACUCAGUCCACUGACGAUAAGCUGGCGCUUGACUUAUGGAAACUGACCGCAGAUUUAGUUCAACUCGAAGACAGUCUUAAACUUUAA